GUUUGUCAAUCUUAUGUGGAAUAAAACGAAUGCGAGUACUGGUAUCGACGACACGGAGUCUGCGCAUUUUCAUUCGACACGUUUGUCGAUUAGAUUUUGGGCCGCCGAUGGUGCUCGUUACAUUCCAGAUGCUCGAGCAGAAUCAAGCAGCUACGAGCAUCGGCGUAGCGAAGGUGCAUCGAUCGCGCGGCGCAAUUUGCAUUGCAGCCACUUUAUCUUGAAAAGGAACGCUCUGUCCGUGCAGACCGAGCUCCGUGCGCACACGAUGCGCAGGGAGUGAGUCACGAGCGAGUGUCAUCCGAUGCACGCGUCGCGCGUAAUUUUGCUCGGCCGUCGCCCGAACGCCAGCGCGAGUCUUACUCACUCCGCACUCUCUCUCUCUCUCUCUCUCUCUCUCUCUCUCUCAUUCCGCGCUACCACGGAGCACCAUCACGGAGGCGCGAAAGGGAGGUGCGCUUAGGAAUGUUGCUCCCGUUUUGUCGCCACGUGGAGAUCGAUAAAAGACAAUUACAUGGCUGCGCACGCGAGGGAGAAGGUGAAGCACCGUUCCGUGAAAAAUGAUCGAACGCCUUCGGUUGAUCGUGCUGAUUAGAUACAGGCCUAGCCUUAAAUACGCCUCAUACGGCCGUUCACUCGCAUACACUGUUUUCGGCGGACGCGCGUCAACAAGUUUUUCACAACAUGAAGCUCAUCUGUGGAUUCAUUCUCGCCGCCAUGUUGGUGGCAUCGCCGAGCCAAGCAACGCCAGUCAAGUCUUGCGACAGAGGAGCACCGCCCAAGGAAGUGAGGAUCGACGGCUGCGACAAGCUGCCUUGCCAAUUCGUGAGGGGCAAGAACAUCACCGCUGAGUGGGACUUCGUCGUCGAGAAAGACACGAAGAUACUGACGCCAGACGUGCACGCGACGGUCUUCGGUAACACGGUGAAGUACCCGUUCUACCAGAACAACGCCUGCGACACGCUGAAGGACGCCAAAUGCCCGCUUGACGCCGGCGAGGAGGUGACCUAUCAGCUGAACAUGUUUGUGGAGACAACUUUCCCCAAGGUACCGCUCGACAUCGAGUUCGCCUUCCUCGACGACCACAGCGAGACCGUCGUCUGCUUCCAACUUUCUGCUGAAAUUGUCGACUAGUGAAUCGCAGCCACGGACGCAGCUGCUCAAGUCCAUCGUAAGAUCCUGCGCCUGCACACCUGCUAUCAUUUGUCAAUUAGAUUAUCUGUUAAUCAUACGCGAGAGUGAUUGUCGAAAA